AUGGGCGGAGUUUUGGACCUGUGGGAGCGGUUUGCCAGCAGAAGGCGUAACACUGCGAUUCAAAGCUACUUCCUGGAAUUGCAGGAAAUUAGCUUAAAACUGCAUCUUGUCCUCCUACAGCCGGUCCACAACAUGGGCUCCCGUGGUUACGGUAGCCAUGGCAGCAACGGUUCCCACUGGAAUGGGAAAACUAUUGAGAACAGGAAUGUGGUUGAUGAACCAGGAAAAUCCAUACCGAGUGUGUGUUUGCUAACAGAUGCAUCUCCAGCAGGAGCACAGCAGCAUAAGAGUCCUGUGACGUUUCUGAAGGACUCAGCGGUGCCACCUCUGCUUGUCAAGGACAUUACUGCUACUGCUGCUGCCAGUGUGGAGAAGCUCACCUGUUCUGACCAGACUGUCUACUCCUACCAGCAGAUCAGCUGUCUGGACAGUGUCAUCAGGUAUCUGGAGAGCUGCAUUAUCCCCGUCACGGUGAAGAGGAUGUACCAGUUCUCCUCCUACACCGCAUUCUCCAUGCAUGCUUCACGGUCCAGUGAUCGGUAA